CAGGCCUUCCCUCCAGAUUGUCGCGCCAAAGAUGCUAAGCUGCAGAGCCCACAGCUUUCCUCUGUUGCAUCCAUUUUCUGUCGGGACUUUUUUCAAACACCUUUCACCUCCCAAAACUUCCGUCCUUAAACCAAUCAGCAAAUCCUUGGUCACCGUCGCCUCCGCCGCACCUCCUGCCACUCCCCAUUUCGGAGCCCUCAAUUCUCACCAGAAGCAACAAGUCCAUGUCUACAUCGAUUCUCUUCUCCAGUGGAACCAGAAAAUGAAUCUCACGGCGGUGAGGGAGGAAAGUGAGGUCAUGGAAAGACACAUCGAGGACUCGCUUGCAAUUAUCGAGCCGAUUCGAAAUUCCUAUGUGUCACGUUGUGGUGCUUCUUCUGAGAAUCUUAAGAUUGUCGAUGUAGGCACUGGAGCGGGGCUUCCUGGACUUAUAUUAGCUAUUGCUUGCCCUGAUUGGAAAGUGACACUUCUAGAAUCUUUGAAUAAGCGAUGCCAAUUUUUGGAGCAUGUGGCUGGGGAAACUGGUCUGUCAAAUGUGGAAGUUAUAAGAGAAAGGGCUGAGAAUUUAGGGCAAAAUCAGAACUUCAGAGAGUCAUUUGAUGUUGCAAUAGCCAGAGCAGUUGCAGAAAUGAGAAUUUUAGCUGAAUAUUGCCUUCCUCUCGUUCGCGUUGGUGGCUUGUUUGUAGCUGCAAAGGGUCAUGAUCCUCAGGAGGAAGUGAGAAGAGCAGAGAGAGCAAUACAUUUGAUGGGUGCAACUCUAUGGCAAACUUGCUAUGUUGAUUCACACAGUAAGUAUGGGCAGAGAACUGCCAUCGUUUGCUUGAAAGGUGGUCCAACCCCAAAGAAAUAUCCCAGAGAUCCAGGAACUCCAGCAAAGUUACCUCUUUAAAUAUGGUGAAUUUUAUACCCCUGCUAAGUUUUCCUACUUGUACAGCAGCUUUGAUAAUAGGACAGCACCUCACAUUUGAAGUAGGGUGCAAUGGUCAAUGCCCAAAUGACAGGAGCUAUGUGCAAACACUCUUCCCUCAAAUUUGAAACUAUUCUUACCAGUAUAAACAAGAUGUUACCAACUUUGUGGCUCACUGCCAUGAAAUUGAUCGGCAUUUUUGGGAGGUACUGGAGAAAGAGCUGAGUGGUGGUGGCUCCUGAAUCUGUUCUUGAAGCUGCUAAUUGCAGCACAGCACAGCAGAAAUGCACAGAAAACCAGUUCCGCUGAUAUAAACCAUCCUCUGCAGAAGACAGAAAAAAAAAAAAAAAAAAAAAAAAACCUCCUCUCUUCUGUUUCCUAUUCAUGUUGCUUAUUAUAAGACCUCCUACAUGUACGUUUCUCUCUAUUAUAAUGUAUUAAUUAAUGCUGACAUUUAUUUUGUGAAUUAAAUAAAGUUGACAUUUUGGUACUUAGCUUUAUUUGUUGACUAAUACCAAUCAACAUUCACAUCACAGACCACAUUAUAUAGAGGAUAAGCCGCCAGACCCCUACCUCCAAUCUUAUAUGUACCUUGCUUCUUCUCUGUUCUCUAAAUCCUGUGUUCAGUUAUCAAUUAGCUAAAGAUUUUGAAGAAAAUGGAUAGAAGUGGCACGUAUGAGUCGUCAUGGGCAGAUCAAUGGGACUUCAAUUCAGAGCAUACAACUUCAUCUAAAGAAACCAAGAAAAGCAGGUCUGGCAAUGGUGGGAUGAAAGUGAAGGUGGGUGAAGGGCUUGGGAAGACCAAAGCUAUGGCUGCGACCGGCAUCAAGAAGGUCAAGAAUGGUACUUCUGUUGGCCUUCAGUGGGUCAAGGAUAAGUACCACAAGACAACCCAAAAGAACUGAUUUCUCUUUUCUCUGUUUCAUUUUUACGUAUAGAUAUGGUUAUAUAGAUAAAUUUUUAUGCAGCCAGCUUAAAUAUGAGAUAUUGUGUAGUAUUUACAUGUUGAUGGAUUGGGAUUUCCCUCUUAUUAUAUACAUACCUCGUUAGUAUCUGAUUCUUCUUGGUAUAUCAACAUUUUCAUUGAAAUUAUGAU